CACUCAAUAAGCGUGGCACAGACCUUGCUUCCUCCUGAGGAACAGAUAUCUGUCAACAUCUCACUUCAGCUUGCAGACUUCUAAGGUGCUAGAAGGAAGGUGAACUCGCCAGGCAGUGGUCAUGGCAGAUCAGAGCGCUACUUACAUUAACCAAAACAUUAACAACACCAAUAACUAUGUGAUGCCAGGCUCUAAGGAAGACAAAGGAAAUCAUCUUUAUUAUCGCGUCCCGGAAGAUCCAGCUUCUCCCUCUUCCACCACUACUAUCCCGGAGAUGAUGGAUCUCAGUCAAGAUUGCAACGAGGGCAGCCGCAGCACUUCUGUGGCUUCUCAGCACGGGUCUGAUGGGGAGAGUAGUUCCUCCUCUGAGCACAGUGCUGCAGAUGAGCACCCGUACCAGGACAUGGAUCAGAUGAGCCCCGCUCACGAAGACAAACCCAUGACAUUUGAGAACUGCGGGUUUUGUCCUCCAGGUUUCCACUUGCGUCGGAGCCAGAGCACUUCCACCUCUCCGACCUCCCUCAAGUUCCCACUUGGCACUAACAUAGGAGAAAACAACAACUUUGAGGAAGAUUACGAGAUUUUCAUGUUUGUAAAGGCCGGUAUAGAUGGGGAAAGCAUUGGGAACUGCCCGUUCUCCCAGCGUCUCUUCAUGAUCCUCUGGCUCAAAGGAGUUGUGUUCAACGUCACCACUGUUGACCUGAAAAGAAAGCCAGCUGAUCUACACAACCUGGCUCCCGGAACUCACCCACCUUUCUUAACUUUUAAUGGAGAAGUCAAGACAGAUGUUAACAAGAUUGAGGAAUUCUUGGAAGAGAUUCUUGCACCUCCAAAGUAUCCCAAGCUGGCUGCUAAGCACCGGGAAUCAAACACUGCUGGAAUUGAUAUCUUCUCCAAAUUUUCUGCUUACAUCAAAAAUACCAAGCAGCAGGACAAUGCUGCCCUUGAAAGAGGUUUGGUGAAGGCUCUGAAGAAGCUGGAUGACUAUCUGAGAACCCCUCUGCCAGAGGAGAUUGAUGCAAACAGCACUGAAGAAGAGAAGGUGUCCAAACGCAAGUUUCUGGAUGGAGAUGACCUCACCCUUGCUGACUGCAACCUUCUGCCCAAACUCCAUGUUGUCAAGAUUGUUGCUAAGAAGUACCGCAACUUCGAGUUCCCAACAGAGAUGACGGGGCUGUGGCGGUACCUGAAGAACGCGUACGCCAGGGAUGAGUUCACUAACACCUGUGCAGCAGACAAAGAAAUUGAGCAAGCCUAUGCAGAUGUGGCCAAACGGCUCAGCAAGCCCUAACUGACCCCAGCAGUGGCUCAGCAUCCCUGACAGAUUCCUGUUUUGCAGACUCUUCUCCUUGUUGCCUUAAGAUAUACCUUAUCGUUAUCUAUCUGGCUGGCAUCCCUAUGAUUUCACCUGUUCAAGAGUAGUGGUCAGGGACAAACGUGCUUCUCCCUGGAGGAAGGAGAAGGUAGCUCUAGUGUAGGGAGUGGAGACCCUUUGAAAUCUGAACCUACGAUCUGACACAACUAGUAUUACUCAUAAUCAGUAUUGGAAAUGACUCCACUGUAUUAGUUUCUUGUUUUGUGUUGGGGUAUAUCACCACCUGUUUUCUUUGGAGUUUUAACAGUAGUAUGUUAGCUUAAAUUUCAAGCAAGUCAGUCAGGAACACAUAGAACUGCUUCUAUAUAAUCUGCUGAUUAUUUCAAGGGCACUUUGUUUUCCCAUUGCUAUUGAAACCUGUGAGGAAGGAACAAAAUUUGUGAGAGAGGCAAAAGGAAAGAGUUUGACCCUAGAGGAGUAACGCUCUUAGCAGUUAUAUUUUUAAACUUCUCUGAAAGCAUUUUUCUGCCUUAGAAGACCCAAGAGUUUGUAGGACAUUUAUUUUUAACUUGGCACAAGAGGGGAAAGCCUAAGCAAAUGUCAGACUUGCAGAUGCUGCUUUGCAUGAAAUUUGUAUGAUGCCGCUGGAUCUAGAGGUGCAAAGCAAAAGAGAUCGAAUGGGCAGUUGAGCAGGAAGCCUUGGAAGAGGCUGAUGUCAAAAUGGCCAGUGGAUCUGACAUUUGGGAGAGACAGCAGUGAUGGGGCAAUACAUUGAGUCAAGCCCACAGCCCAAACUGGCUCAGCUGACCAAACCAUGCAGAACAUUGUCAUCCUGGCUCUGUGGCUGCCAGUUCCUUUCUGCUGCUAUCUUGGGAAGCGUGGCUAGGCAGGAACAAGCUUUGGGCUCCAGAUGGGUUGCCUUCAAGCAGCCAUCAUCCAGCCCAGGGAGCAGCGUGCUCUGAAAAGGGGACAGAGAGACCCAUUUCCAGCCUGAAAGCUGGUGAGCAGGCGAGGAGGAAGCCUGCAUGCUGCCUUAGUCCUGCUCCUCCAAGGUUCACCAGUCCAGGUUAAAUGAUUCAGGAUUGUUUUCUGAAAGCGAUUAUUGCAUUCAAUCUGGAACAUCUGCCUGACACAAUUUGCUUUAAAGUAGUGAUUACGUGCACAUUACUUUAGUAAAUCCAGAACGACAGCCCUUUUGCAUAAAACUCACAUGUAUGAUGGUGAACAUGAAACAUUUCAGUUUGGGACUAUUUGAAGACAAACAAAAGCUGAGCUCUUGGCUGGCAUAGCUCUCCUUGUGUUCAGGGCUGAGCCCUGACUGAGGGGAGCCUGGGGGUGGUGGGCUGAGGCCAGGGGAACCCUGCAGUGAGCUGUCUGCAGCCUGAGAGCCAAGAGAUGGAUCCACAGCCAUCGCUGCAUGACAGUGAUGAAUAUCUGAUGAGAUUUUUCCCCUUUUCACGCUCACCCAGCUGGGAGCAGGAUGCAGUUUGCUUGUUGCUGACUAUUGUUUUGCACGCAGUGAUCAGUUUGUUUUGAGCUUUCCAAAACCUCAGAACUCCCAGGCCUUCCCCUGAAAGGGGCUAUGUUAGAAGUGGCUGGAUUGGGGGGCAAAGGCUGCACAAAAUCAGCUGGCUCAGACAGUGCUGAUAGCAGCCAGCAAAGCCUCAGGAGCUUAGCAGUGUCUGCACAGGCACAUGUGGCUCGUUAAAAACAAACAAACAAACAAAAAAGCAACACUUCUUCACGAGUUUGGAAUUACUUGUGAUUUUACUUUAUUUUUUUAGUUCUAGAUUGAGGCGACUAUUUAUUUAUUUAUUCUGAUCCACUCGGUCCUUUCUGCCCGCCUCUUGCUUUUGGUUUGCGCUCAGCGCGCCGCUCAGGGUGGUGUUAUCAGCACCGUGUGAUCUCAUUUGUUAGGGAGAAGCUGCUGUGUGAUGAACAGCCUCUGGGCUGGAUUUUGGCUGGCAGCACCCCUUGGCCAGGAGCAGCUUUUUGCAGUUGCUGUUGGCCAGGUUUGCACGCAGCUGGUGGCAUAGUGGCAGUGAUGUUGGGAUGAAGGCGCAGGGUCAGACGCAGCUCUUGUUCUGUGCUCACUGUGGUAAGCUCCUUACAGAAGGCAGUGCUCACCUGCAGCUGAGUAGGGUGAGUGAGGCAGCCAGCAUCUGCCCUGAUUUUGGCCAUCUCUGAACCUUCAUUCCUGAAUCCUAUGCUUCUGAAACGUUCUACCUGUCUGACUUUGGUUUUGCUAGAAGAGGGCCAAAUCACCAUCAUUUAGUCUCAGCACGCCUCAAGUUGCAUCUGCUUUUUAAAAAAUGAUGUUUAGAAAUGGGUGGGCUCAUAGCAGAAGGAAAAUGAGCUGUUGGUGCAAUGAGUUUUUGGUUAGAUGUUCUUAAAAUCCUUUUUCGAUUUGAUUAGGAAACUGAAAGCCCCCUCACUACCUCAAUUUUAAUUGGCAAUGCCAAAUCAAAAUAUUUUCACUUUCUCAGCAACACUGCAAAGAGAAAAAAAAAAAAAAUUGGACAAAAUGUAUUGAUAGAUAUGAGAAGGAAUAAGAGGUAAGAAAUGAAACUGGUUUUCCACCAGCUGUAAUGCCCAUUCUGGGGGAAUCCACGUCUGGCUCUGCAUCCUAACUGUGCACUGUGUUCGUCGCUUUGUUAUAGGCUGAUCCAGGAUCAUGGACAGGUUCGAGCAUUGCCUGACCAUUGGGUUUGCAGGUUCAUGCUGCCAGGUCUGUAACUUCUGCUCACCUUUGUGCUUUGUGCCAUAGGCAGAAGCAGGAAACACUGGAAAUCCUAUAUAGAAAAGUUUGAGUCCUACACAUACUGAAUUUGAGCUCAGUACUCCUGACUCGGGAUCCAUCACCAUCAAGAUUUUAAGGGGCUCCAGACUCCUUUAGGCAGGGUAUUUUCAGUGACCUUCCAUUGUAUUUAGAAUUAUAAGUAAUAAAUAUUAAUCAUACAGGAUUGUAUGUCUACAUUGGCAAGGCAGCAUUUCUGAAAAGAAUCUAAGUGACAAGACAGACAUUGCAGAUUUACAAUAACUUUGUUCAUAAAUUUUUUGCAAGAUGUAAAGAAAGACAUAGUGCAGAGGGGGAAGAAGCCAACAAUAUGGAUUUAAUCAUCUGCAUUUCAGAAAUGCAGACCAAAUGUCUGUAAAGAUGUCCAUUUCAUCCAAACAUUUCUUAGAUAUUUAUUUCAAAGCUCCCUGUUCAGUCAAUCCAACACUCCAUUCAUAUUGGAACUAAUAUUGAUUUCUCUUCUAUUACCAGCGAUACGGGAGUGUUAAAGGAUCCCAUAUACAAGUUACUUUUGUUUUUUGUUAGACUUUUUCAGUUGCCAAGAGGUCAUCCUAUGCAUACCUAUGAAGGUAAGAUCAAGGGAGCAUCUGUUUUGGGACUGCUUAAAAGAAAGCUUCUGACAAACAGUUUUUCCACCAGAAAGACUCUUGUAAAGGUAUUUCUUUAUCAGGAGUGUUGUGGACUAUUGAGCUAUGGGUUACAAGCUCUUCUCCUAUGUUUGCAUCAGCUGAAAACCACCACCAGGGAGGAAUUAUGGUCUGUAUUGCAAAGAAGCUAGACAUCUUUGUUUCCUGCUAUGUUGUGCAGAGCAGUAAUUUUGAGUGUGUAUUUAUUUUAUUUUGACCCCCAGACAGCUUUUCUCAUCCCUUGUAUUCAUAGAAAGUCAGCUCCAGGUUACCCAUAACCAUUCUUCCAUCUUUCAGUGCCAGUUCAGCAGAGUGCCCAUGGGUGGGCACACAGAAGGGCAUCUUAAGGCAGCCCAUCCACCUGGGGGGAUGGCAAGCAAAGGUCAUUGCUUGCAGCAGGGAUCCCACCAUUGUCCCAGCAGAAAAAGUGAGAAGCAAAGAGAGUCCCUCUUUCUGAAGUGGCCACGUUUGGCUCACCGCUGAGUUUGGGGCAUUGCUAAAAUGUAGGGGUUGGAAAUCUCACUCAUUUGAAACCUGGAGGGCACAUGGAAGCACACACUUUGUAAAAUGAAUUGGUGUUUUAAACAGGGAAGUAAACCCAAAGCCCAUUGCCCUCCUUCACUUGUGUUCUUCUAGGCACUGGGAAGCUUGCAGUUGUUUAUUAUUCUGCUAGAUAUAUUCUUGAAUAGCUUUUCAUAUUAAGAAAUAUUUUCCAGUAAGAUUUUGCCUUUCUACUCAGUCUUUCAACUCUUCAUUAGUUUUGAUGUCUGCGAUGACCAAAUGAUUCCAGAGGAGGCAGGAAAGCUGGGAGGCUCAUACUUGUUGAGAAGUUGAAGGAGGUAAUGAUUUUUUGGAGAAAACAGUGUUCAAAGCAUUUUUUUUAACAAUCUAUCUUUUCAUCUGGGAUACUUUAACCAGAAGUGAUGGUCUGUUUAGUCUGGGCUGUGAUUUUCAGCAGGGACCUGGAACAGUCACCGUGUUCAAGAUGGCUUUGCUGAGGGAUUUCCCCCAGAUACAUAGGAUGUUCACUCUUGAUCACAAAAUGGCCCAUUCCCUUGGUCCGGAUCUUCUGGUCUAUAUUGGUGCUGAAUUACCACACUCCAUCAACUUUGUGCUGGGCAGUGAAAACAGUUCCUACCACCUCCUCUCCUCUUCUGGGCAGGGAAAGAAAAGAGCAGUGACCUGUUUUACUUCCUUGUCCAAGCAACACUCCAGCUCCAAGGGAACGCAGGGCCCUGCCCAACAUUGGUAUCCAGAAUCUGAAGACCCCCACAUCCCUCACCAGGCAGCAUUUCAUAGCCCACAGCAGUCUUGCAGCCCCUUGUUCCCCUCUUGGCCCAAACCAUCCCCUUUCAACAUUUAUCAGAGAGAUGCCAACACUGGCAGUGUCCCGGAGGAUGCGUGCCAGCUGAGCAGUUCUGAGGGAUGCCAUUGGUCCAGCCCAGCAGGUGAUGGCUGCACUGCUGGGGGAUGGCCACCCCUGCCCAGCAGCCCCCCACUGGUGUUGCAGUAGGAAGAUUUGGUAGGAAAUUAGCAGGUAAUGCAGUAGGUAGCAUUUGGUAGGAAAUGCUGAUAUCAGCACUGUGAUGCUCUCAGCCAGCGGCGCUGCUCCACAAGCAGAGCUGUCUGUGCCACCGCUUGCUGCCCCAGCUCAAUGCUCUGAAGGACCUUAGUGUUUAGUGCUGAACGAGUGCUUGCCUGCGCUUGCACUUGCAGGACUGGGGCCUGAAAGUUGUGGCAGGAAAGCCUCUAUCAAUGAAGGAUGUUAUCAUCCUGUUUCCUUUGAAAUCCAUGGCAGAAUUCCCAGCGGGGAAAUUCCCAGUAGGAGUUCCCAGUAGAGCCCAAGUCUACACCACGAUGAAGCUGUUUGAGGUGUGAUGUUCUUGGAGAACUGCAAGCAGUCAGAGAAGCAUGGAACCAGCCACAGUAGUCUCACUACAGAAGCAGCACUAAAGAUCUCAUUCUGUCCCAGUUCUAACUGGGGGACGCCACCAAUGCUGCCAGAACCAUGGUGGUGGAGCCCCGGGGUCUUGGGGCAGAGCCCUGCUGGCAGCGUGAUGCAAAGGCAUGUUCUGCUGCAUCUCCCACCCACAGGCAGUGAGCUGCCUGCCCCACUCCUAUUCUGAUAUGGCUUGUCUAACGAAAGCCGAGGAGGGUGGGGGAUUUAUUUUGUCGUAAUGUAUAUACUCACAUUGUAAAAGCAAUCCAAAGCGUCCUUAGUGGUUCUCCACAUGAUGCUGUCAGUUCUCACCACAGGGUAGAAUUUGUUGGUAGAAAUUAAAUGAAAUUAAAUUAAAACAGAAAAGCUUGGCUGCUGCUGAUAGGUACUACUGGGAGCCCUGAAAGCAGUGUGCAGUGUAGAAGCAUAGCAGGAGUGAACAGCCCUCAAUUCCUGCUUAUGUUUUGCAGCAUCAUUGCAGCCCAUUCUCCUGCACUGUUGCUAAUUCCCUAUCUCUCUAUGUCUAUAAUCUGAAAAUAUUGGGAAAUAGGUAUGGGCACCACAUUCAUCUUUUCCCCCUUUCUUUCCCCCUCAAAUCAAUCCUUUUAGUUCAGAUAUAUAUGGUAGGUAAGGAGCGUUUCCAAACAGCAGAUUUCUCAACUUUUUCAUUAAGGAAUUUUUUAAGAGCUUUGGGGUAAUGAGAGGUUAUCACCAUCUUUGGGAAUAAACUGUACUAUAAAACAUAUAUAGGAGUCUGAUUCUGACCGAAUGGAGUAAGCAAGGCAGCAUACAAUUCAUUUUGAAGAGUCUGCUUAGGACUGAGCAAGCAGAAUAAUCCACGCUUUGCAGUAAAAACUUAAAGUCUGGUUCAAGUCUCAGUUUUUUGUUGGUUGUUUUGGUGUUCUUUUUGGGAUUACUUUCUGUACAACACUUUGCUUAGAAUCACAGAAUCAUGGAAUAUCCCAAUCUGGAAGAGACCUGUAAGGAUCCUUGAGUCCUACUCCCAGAAACAGCAUCUGUUCUAUGUACAGGCAUUUGUUAUGAGGAAUGCCCCCUCCCUGGAAGCACUCAAGGCCAGGCUGGAUGGCGCUGUGAGCAGCCUGGUCUAGAGGGAGGAGUCCUUCCCUACAGCAGGAGGUUGGAACUGGAUGGUCGUGAAGAUCCCUUCCAACCAAGCCAUUCUAUAUUCAGUGAUUCUAUUAUGUAAUGGCAUUACUUAAUUCACCAGCUCUGUAAGAGUGUGUUGGGAUGGAAGGCAGCACAAGGUGAACUGCUCCUGAAAUGGUGCUGUUGUUGGCUGAGCACUUGGGUUUGUUCCCUGUGCAGUGAACACAAGCAGUGCCAUGGGCUGUGCAGAGGCAGGAGCUGCUGACCUGCAUCCCGUGCUGCCAGGAAUGGGGCUUUGUCAGCACUGGGAAAUAGGGGUGAAAAAAACCUGGCCCCAACCCUCCUUCCUUGUGCAAUGCUGACUGCUUCUGUACAUGGCUGUGUUUUCAGAGCUUGUGAAGCCGUUCCCAAUAGCUGCUUGCUUUGCUUUCUGGGGAACAGGUCCUCAUCUGUACAAAUCCUUCAGCAAUCAUCCUAUCCCUUUUUCUCUGUAAAUUUUAUUUUUUUAACAGUCCUGCUCUAUACUGCCUGGCAAGUUCUGAUCCACCGAUUGACAGAUUUAUCUUCCUUGUCUGACUGUUUCCAAUUCCAAAGCCUGAAGAUCAAAACCAAGAUGUGUAGUGAGAUCUGAGGGUGAGCAGAAAUGCUGUUUUGUUUUUCCUCAGAAUCCACUCAGUUCCAAAUCCUGACUCCAAUCCUGGUUAGUGAGGGGGAUCUGAGGCUGAAGGAGAGGAAGAGGAGCCCACUGCACAUGAUGCUGUCCCUCCAGUGAUGGAGGAGGAGGAACCAGUCUGGGAGUCCUAAGAGGUGUAUGGAUAAGUUUUCACUCCUGUGUGUGAAAUCAGUCUAUGCAGGGACAUGAGUGGUCCCAAACUGCCCCAGAGCUGCUUAAAAACAUCAGUGAUAUUAAAAAGCUGAAGUCGGGAUGGAAUAACACCCUCAGGACACAGCACAGACAAAAAGUAACUCAAAGACACUCCAAUUCUUAGCUAUCAGCCCAGACCCAUCUUAAGGGCUGGAUUUCUUCCACCAAAAUGCCAUUAGUCUCAGAAACACCUCAUUGUUGUUGGGUCUGCCAGUCUGCUGGGGGAAAGCAAAAUCAGGGGCUCCUAAAGACUGAUUCUUAAGUCGGAUCUGGUGAGCUUCAAAGUCAUCUGUUUGUAAACAACUCUUUGAUAGUGGUUGGCUGUGGAAAGUGACUGUGCAUGUGAGGGUCUCCAUCAGGUCAGGCAGGUAAUCCAUCCCUUCUCAUACCCCUCCUUUUCCACAGAGGCACUCCUAAGGGAGAAUUUUAGAUCAGACUGUACCCUGUGCAGUAGAACUCUGCAUUUCCUCUCCGUAUGUACGGCUCCUAGCGUGGCAGGGGUCUGAUUAGAGGCUUCGUGUGCUGCUCUAACACUCAGAACAUAUCAUAGGAAUAAUGUAAUUAAAAUGUCAUUGAGAUUGCCUUUAGCAUAAUGAUUGCGUGGCUGCACUGUCACCUGUGAAUAAAGUCAAUGUCCUUUUUGUAUCAUAGGGAGUAUAUUUUAUUAUUGAAGAAACUGUUUAAUUUUUAAGAUUAAAUUGAAAAGUAUCUGCUUAUUAUUUCAUUGUAAGCCUAAACAAGCAAAUAUUUCUUUUGUAGCCUUCAAAUGAGUACGUGUUAAUUGCAGAAAUCCACCUUCCUGAAUUGGAGCUGUUUAUAGUCCGAUAUUCCGGGAGUGAUUAACACUUGGUAAUUUGAAUAAAAGUGGUUUAUUUUCUCA